GAGGAGUACACGCAACUCAAGCCUUAUGCCGGCAUGCCCAAGGAGGUGCUGCUGCUUUACUCUUCGCAGGCUUGCUAUCGAGUCCCGCGUGAGAUCCUCUUCUGGCUGAUUGUGGUUUGCACGCUGUCACUGGUGGGUCUCACCAUUAGUGUGGUGGCGCUGUCACCCCGCUGCCUCAGCUGGUGGCAGUUGUCCCCCGUCUAUCAUGUGUACCCCCGCUCCUUCAGGGACUCCGACGGAGAUGGAGUAGGAGACCUCAAAGGCAUUCAAGAGAAGCUUGGGCAUUUCGAGUACCUGAACAUUAAGUCAGUGUGGGUCAAUCCUUUCUACCGCUCACCCAUGAGGGACUUGGGCUACGAUGUGGAAGAUUUCCAGGCCAUCGACCCGCUUUUCGGCACCAUGAAGGACUUUGAAGACCUCUUGGCUGAGAUGCACAAAUUAGGUUUGAAGCUAAUCAUGGACUUCAUUCCAAAUCACACGAGUGACAAGCACCGUUGGUUCAAUUUAAGUCGCACCAGAGAUCCACACUACGAAGACUACUACGUCUGGGCUGACUGUACAGCCACAGGACCCAAACCCAAUAACUGGGUGAGCGUGGCUGGGAACUCAUCAUGGACAUAUGAUGCCGUUCGAGGACAGUGUUACCUACAUCAAUUUCUCAAGGAGCAACCUGACCUCAACUUCAGAAGCCCUCAUGUCCGCCAGGAAAUGCUUGAUAUAAUUCGUUUCUGGCUGGACAAGGGAGUCGAUGGCUUCCGGAUGGAUGCGGUGAUGUACCUGCUUGAGGCCGCGCACCUGAGGGAUGAGCCUCAGGUGGACCCAAACAAGCCUCCUGAGUUGGUUACGUCCAAGUGGGACCUCCACCACGACUUUACCACCACUCAGGUGGGCCUACAUGACCUUCUGAGGGAGUGGAGGGCUCACAUGGACAUCUUCAGCCGGGAACCUGGCAGAUACAGGUUGAUGAUGACCGAGUCGUCUGACGGCCCAGAGGUGGAAAAGACCAUGAUGUACUACGGGACACGUCUGGUGAAAGAGAGCGACUUCCCCAUUAACUUCUAUCUCUUGGAUCUUCCUCACAACGCCAGUGGCUUGUGGGUUAAUCAUCUGGUGCAUCUCUGGAUGGCCAACAUGCCCACUGGGCGCUGGCCUAACUGGCAGGUUGGAAAUCACAACACGCCUCGUGUCGCCUCCCGGGCCGGUUUGCAGUACUCACGGGUCAUUAACAUGCUUCUGCUGACUCUUCCUGGUACGCCGACUACCUACUAUGGCGAGGAGAUAGGCAUGGAGAACAUCAAUGUGACAGAGAGUCAGAUUCAGGACCCGGCCGGCAGAUACGACAGGAGUGCCAGUCGAGAUCUUCAGCGUUCCCCAAUGCAGUGGAGUGCCAACUCCAAUGCAGGCUUCAACGACAAGACCAACGUGACCUGGUUGCCUGUGCACCCCAACUGGAGGAAUGUCAAUGUGGAGGUCCAGAAACAAGACAAAGGCUCGGUGUUGUCGCAGUACCGCUUCCUGAGCACGUUGCGUCAGUCUGAGCUGGCACUUCAACGGGGCUGGUUCUGUUACAUUUAUGCCGACAGCAGCAUCUUUGCUUACUUGCGAGAGUUAGACGGGCUGGACCGCGCUUUCCUCGUGGUGCUCAAUUUUGGCAACGAGUCCGCAGUUUCCGAUCUCUCGGCGGUCGUCGAGCUGCCCGAACGGCUGCGGAUUCUGAUGAGCACCAACCGGGCCAAUGACGGUAAAACGGUCAGCAAAUCUCAGAUCCCAACUGAGCCAGGAGAGGGUUUAAUGAUCGAGUUCUCUGCACAUGCUCGGUUUAACACCAACCACCCGGGGCGGUGUUACAUAUCUGAGAAGGCCUGUUAUUUGAGUGCCAUGGACAUUCUCUAUACAUGCUAA